CAACCAGGGCGAGCGGCACCAGGACGAAAGGGCAGCAGCGCGGGGACCCCCGGGCUGGGUGCCGGGUGGGCUUUGCCUCCCUCUCCUCUCCAUCCUCUGGGCCGGGCAGGCAAAGCGCCGUGCAGGGAGGGAGAAGGAGCUUGUUUGCCGGAGAAUGGCAGCAGGAUUUAACUAGGAGGGCACGGCAAACUGGGAGAGGACGCACGGGAGCCGAGGGGACAGCGGGAGACGAGAGCGGCUUCUCAGCACCGUUGCCUGUCCUGUGAAGCGACAUGAGUCUCAAGGGAUCCCUCAGCAGCAACCCCAGCUCAUCAAAUGGCAGCAUGGGCAGAGCGGACGGAGCCGCCAAGCUGAGCGCAAAGGACCUGUACGAACAAAGGAAAAAAUACUCCAACUCCAAUGUCAUAAUGCACGAGACUUCCCAGUACCACGUCCAGCACUUGGCCACCUUCAUCAUGGACAAGAGCGAGUCCAUCGUGACGGUGGACGACGCCAUUCGAAAACUCAUCUUGCUCAGCUCCAAAGAGAAGAUCUGGACGCAGGAGAUGCUGCUGCAAGUGAACGACAAAUCCAUUCGCUUGCUGGACUGCGAGUCGCAGGAGGAGCUGGAGGACUUUCCUCUGCCCACAGUCCAGCACUGCCAGACGGUGCUGAACCAGAUGCGCUACUCCUCCGUGCUGCUCCUGGUGUGCCAGGAUUCGGAGCAGCACAAACCCGACAUCCACUUCUUCAACUGCGACGAGGUGGAGGCGGAGAUGGUUCACGAGGACAUAGAAAGUGCCCUGGCAGACCACAAGCACGGGAAGAAGAUACGGCCACAGACACUCAAAGCAAACCAAGAAAAGAUCAAGCAGAGGCAAUCCAUCCUCCCGCCGCCGCAGGGGCCGGCGCCCAUCCCCAUCCAGCACGACGCGCGCGGCUCGGCCGUCAACAGGAACCGGGUGGCGCCCCCGUCCCAGCACAACUCAGACUAUGAACGACGAGGCUCCAGCUCUCAAGACCAUGAAGAGUCCCGAGCCAUGUUAGCACAGAAGAUUGAAAAAGAAACGCAAAUCCUGAACUGCACCCUGGAUGACAUUGAAGUGUUUGUCGCCAGGCUCCAGAAGGCUGCAGAGGCGUUCAAACAGCUCAACCAAAGGAAGAAAGGGAAGAAGAACAAGAAGAAAGGGCCAGCAGAGGGCAUGCUGACCCUUCGAGCGAGACCCCCAAGCGAGGCCGAGUUCAUCGACUGCUUCCAGAAAACCAAACUGGCUUUUAACCUCUUGGCCAAACUGAGAAAGCACAUCCAGAACCCCAGCGCUUCCGAGCUGGUGCAUUUCCUAUUUGGGCCGCUGGAACUGAUUGUCAGCAGCUGCGGUGGCCCCGAGCUUGCCAGGUCUGUGGUCAGCCCGCUUCUUUCUAAAGACACCACCGACUUUCUCAGAGGACACCUGACACCAAAAGAGAUAAACCUCUGGGAAUCCCUGGGAGAGACAUGGACCAGAUCCAGAGCUGAGUGGCCCCGAGAAGCAAAUAUCCCCACCUACAUCCCCAAAUUCCGCAACGGCUGGGAAGCGCCCAUGGAGAUCUUCCGCGGAGCGCCCUGGGAAAUAGAUAUUGGCCACCUUCAAGAAGAGCUCUCGUCGGCGAAUGGAUAUCCGUACCGGAACUCCUCGCUCAAGCGCGGCCAGAGCGCUGACCAGACACAGGCUGUGGACGCCUUCAAACAGAAUGUAACUCAGCAUGUAAAUAGGAAUUUUGAGGCGCAGGGAAUGGCUCUGCCGAAGAGAUAUGCCAAAAUCCGCUACGACUUCACUGCACGAAAUGCCAAUGAACUGUCAGUGCUCAAGGAUGAAAUCCUGGAGGUGUUAGAAGACAACAAGCAGUGGUGGAAGCUGCUCAACCGGAGCGGGCAGGCUGGUUACGUCCCUUAUAACAUCCUGGAUGUGGUGAAACUGGAAGAGCUGGAACAGUCUAACCAGAGGUACAAAGGAGAACUGAACCCCAGGGGCUACGGACCGUCCAGCCCAUCUCACAAGCUGCCUGCCAGCUACGCCGGGGACAAGUGGGGCAGUGAAAUGUUAUCACGCAACUCUCCCCAGGACGCCAAAGAACAACUUAUUCAUCAAAUGGACGAGCUGAACGAUGAGUUGCUAAAGAAGAUCACAAACAACAAAAUUCAGCCUCCCCAGAGGAAUUUCAAAGUGGAAAAGCCUCAGGAAGUCUUUGUGCCCCUCACCUUCGAAUCCAGCACUGAAGAAGUCAAAGCCUGGCUGGAGGCAAAGUCAUUCAGCAAAGAGACAGUGGAACACCUCGGCAUCCUCACCGGAGCUCAGCUCUUCUCCCUCAACAGAGAGGAGCUGAAGAAGGUGUGUGGUGACGAGGGCAACAGAGUCUACAGCAAAAUCACAGUGGAGAAAAACCAGCUGGAGAAAAGCAGAGGGGAGUCGGAGCUCCAAGAAAUCAUGAAGCGUCGCCAGGAAAGGAUUGAUUCCGCUAAUUAAAAUCUAUCUGCUUUAUUUCAGCUGUUAGUCAUAGUAGUGCAGAAAAAGGGAACGGAAGCAAUAAUUCCCAGUCCAGAGGAGAGACAGGAGGGCUCCACACUUAGCGGUGUAGUUGCCAUCAAAGUGACAAUUUCUUGAACACUGUUGAUAAGGGUAGACAAUAAGACCAUGUCCCAUUGGGAAAGGUGUUUUAAUAUUGCAUGAAGUACUUUUUUUUUUUUUAUAUAUAACUAUAUAUUUUAUACUGAAAUUUUAUGUGCAUGUGAUCAGAGCGGAUCGGAACUCACACAUGUCUGAAUUUAUGACAAUGGCUGCGUUUGAGCAAAAAAGACCCCGCAAAGCUUUUCUCAAAGGGCUGGAGCUGCUGCCACCCCCCUGGGCAGCGCGGCUGGGGCCGAGGGCACGGCAGGGAGCUCAGCACAGCCCAGCAUGAACUAUUCCAAGGCGGGACCAGGAAAUAAACCUUUUCCCCCACUUUUCAUUCCCUUCUCUGUGGCAGGUGUCCCCUGCAGCCCACUGGCAAAGGCCCCGUGACAAUUCCCCAUCCUUCUGUCAGGGGAGGCUGGAAUUGCAGCACAGCCCACCUGAGACUGACUGUGUCCUUAAACACACGUACCAGUUAGUGCUGGCUUUGAACCGUGGAAACGGGCUUUCCUUGUGUGAUCAUGUGCAAGAUCUGAGUGAAACCUGCGGGGAUUUGAAGCUGCGAACAGGUGAGCUCAGCCUGAUAAUCCUCACUUAAGCCAAGGCUGGGGCUCAGGGCAGCCUGAUCCUGCGUCAGGCAGUCGCGGUAUUGCCAAAGCCAGGCCUCAAACACGGAGAUAAGCUCCUGCCAUUUGCUCCCAACCCACUCACACACCCAAAGCCCUUUCCAGGGUGUUGUCCCCACCUUCGCAUUUGCAUUGCAAAGAGAAAUCUGAAACGCUUCCUAAAUAUCUAAGGAACACAAGCACACUUGGAAAGGCUGUUUUAACACAAAAUCAAUGGCAACAAGAAAAAAAUAAUAAUUUAAUUUUGUAGAGGGUGUUGUUCUUCACUUCCUGUUUUUCUGAAUAAUGCUACGUGCAUAUGUAUAUAUCUAUAUCUAUCUAGUGAGGCACCCCCCCACUCUUACAGUCUCUAAGUAGGGAUAAGGAAAAAAACCCUUUCCCUAGAGACACAAUUAAGUGAUUUUGCAUCAAUAAUUUACUCAAACUUUUAAAAGCUCAAGCAAGCACACAGUGGAUUUCCUGUCCGCAGCAAGUUUGGCACACACUGUAUUUAUAUUUUACUUACAGACCAACCUGACAGGAAUGCAGGAAAGCAAACACAUCCACAGAAACCGCCCAGAGUGGCAAGACUUUGUCUUUCUCUCUCAUGUACACACCUUAACUUUGGUUGAACGGGAACUCGGGCCCAGACUCCACAAAGACUCGCACACGUGCUUUCCUUUACCCCCUGACUGUUCCCACCUCCUUUAAAGGUUAAGCGUGUGCCCAAGUCUCUGCAGAAUCUGGGCCCGUCCUUGCACAUUUAACAGAAAAAGCUGUAAAGAGGUGGCUGGGGAACACACGUCUAAAUCGGAGAAGACUGAUGCACCUCUCAAUUUCGGCUUUGUUCUUCCAAAAAUGUUUCUAAUGGAUGAUGUAUUUCCUUAAUCUUGAAAGAGGACAUUGUUAGCAGCUGCGGAAUCAGCGUGCAGGCAGGGAAGUGACAGAGGAGAACCACGAUUUUAGCCACAAGCCUGCUGGUCUGCCACAGGGGCUGGAACCUGCCAAGGACACUCACCUUGUCAGGGAGGGAUGAAGAGCACGAUCCUCCUGAGCAGCCUGGCUCUGGAUUUGGGAAGCAGGUGUGAACGCUGGCAAACCGUUGGUGUUACGAGCACAGGAAGCUAAAUAAUUUCUAAAAUAAAAAUAAAAACAAAGAGUAAGCUAGGAAACAUGACACCAUUCGUGUCUUUGGGUAAAGGAAAAAAUCACACAGACUUAGAGCUACUUGGGAUUAUAAUAGGAGCGUACGCGACAGUUCUGUAAAGCUGGGAACCAUGGAAGCAUUUCUUAAAAUAAAUAUAUCGGUAGACCUUACUGCAGAAGUCACUUUUAAAAAUUUCCAUAUGACUGAGCUGUGCAUCUGUUAUAUUUGUACUGCCUGCAGAUAAUGCUAUAAUGUACUGUACAUUAAUGUAAUUGAACGAAGGAUAAAAUGAUAUAACCAUGCACUGUAUAAGAUUUAUUAAAAUAGUUAAGUUAUACUUAUAA